AUGAGCGAGAUUUACUCGCCGUCGCAGUCGAAGGGAUUCAAUCAACCAUAUGGAUUUCCGAUGAAUUGUAAUCUUAGCCGGGCGUUUAUGGAAAUGACAGAGGAGGACCGGAAAUGUCUCGAGGAACGCAAAUAUUGGUGUUUUUUGUUGAGCAGUAUAACCACAUUCUGCGCCUCCAUGAUCCUUGUCGUCAUCUGGCGCGUCGUAACACAUUUAUGCUGUCAACGGAGGGAGCGAGAAUUCCCAGAGCCCGUACCUCCGCCAGAAGUGGUCGCAAUCAAUAUGAAUGGUUCGAAGCAUAUCGGCGGAGAGGCCGACCCAUUUUUAAAACAGCAACAAGAGGAAAAACAUUUGGGAUGGAUGACAGAGGCCAAAGACUGGGCUGGCGAGCUGAUAUCCGGACAAAGUUUGACGGGACGAUUUCUCGUCUUACUCGUCUUCAUAUUAUCAAUUGGAUCGUUGAUAAUCUAUUUUUAUGACGCUAGUUUUCAAAACUUCCAAGUGGAAACAUGCAUACCAUGGCAGGACAGUCCAUCGCAACAAAUCGAUUUGGGAUUCAACAUAUUUUUUCUCGUCUAUUUUUUCAUUCGAUUUAUUGCCGCUUCUGACAAAGUUUGGUUUUUAUUGGAAAUGUACAGUUGGAUCGAUUUUUUUACGAUUCCUCCGAGUUUUGUGGCCAUUUAUUUGCAGAGGAAUUGGUUGGGAUUCCGUUUCCUUCGUGCACUACGUCUGAUGACCGUACCAGACAUUCUUCAAUACUUGAACAUCUUAAAGACGUCGUCCUCCAUCCGUCUAACCCAACUAGUCACCAUUUUCGUCGCCGUCUGUCUAACGGGUGCUGGUCUAGUACAUCUUCUGGAAAAUUCUGGAGACUUUUUCAAAGGAUUCAUCAAUCCACACAGAAUCACUUAUGCGGAUUCGGUGUAUUUCGUGCUGGUCACAAUGUCUACAGUAGGAUAUGGUGAUAUUUAUUGUACGACGUUGUGUGGACGAUUGUUUAUGAUUUUCUUCAUUCUUUUCGGCCUGGCCAUGUUCGCUAGCUACGUUCCGGAAAUUGCGGAUUUGAUUGGAAAUCGCCAAAAAUACGGUGGCGAGUAUAAAGGAGAGCACGGAAAGAAGCAUAUUGUAGUUUGUGGUCAUAUCACCUAUGACUCGGUCUCCCAUUUCCUUCAAGAUUUUCUACACGAAGACAGAGACGACGUGGAUGUCGAAGUGGUGUUUUUGCAUCGAGUGGUACCGGAUUUGGAGUUGGAGGGACUUUUUAAACGACAUUUUACAAAAGUGGAGUUUUUCACUGGAACUGUUAUGGACUCGUUGGAUCUGAGUAGGGUUAAGAUCGGAGACGCAGACGCUUGCCUAGUCCUUGCCAACAAGUACAGUACGAAUCCAGACGCCGAGGACGCUGCCAAUAUAAUGAGAGUGAUUUCCAUUAAAAACUAUUCAUCCGAUAUUCGAGUAAUUGUUCAAUUGAUGCAAUACCAUAACAAGGCCUAUCUUCUGAACAUCCCUUCUUGGGAUUGGCGACGUGGCGAUGACGUCAUCUGUUUGGCAGAAUUGAAGUUGGGAUUCAUUGCUCAGUCUUGUCUGGCGCCUGGAUUCUCGACAAUGAUGGCGAAUUUGUUUGCGAUGAGGAGUUUUAAAACGGUAAGUUAUUCAAUUUUUGGGGAUUUUUUUUCCCCCCAUACUCCUCUCUGGCUCAACGACUAUCUUCGUGGUGCCGGAAUGGAGAUGUACACUGAAAGUUUGAGUCCUGCAUUUGUCAAUAUGUCCUUUCCAGAAGCUGCAAAUCUUCUUUUCAACCGUUUGGGUCUUCUGCUGCUGGCAAUUGAACUGAAAGACGAGGAAAACAAGGAAUGCAAUAUUGCAAUAAAUCCGGGACCAAACAUUGUAAUCCAACCUCAAACUCAAGGAUUUUUCAUCGCUCAGAGUGCAGAUGAAGUGAAAAGAGCAUUUUUCUGGUGCAAACAGUGUCAUGAUGAUAUCAAGGACGUUUCCAUGAUUAAGAAGUGUAAAUGUAAAAACUUGGCUCUCUUCCGGCGGAACACAAAACACUCAACUACAGCUCGUGACUAUUCGGAUUUUGAUGCUCUAUUCUAUCAGAAUGACGCUAGAGCCACGGAAGUACUUCAACAAUUCCAACCACAACCACCGAUGGGCGGUCCAAUGGGACAUUUAGGACAGCAGGUCCAAUUAAGAAUGAUUAAUCAGCAGAGUUCGACGAGUGAUACUCACCUCAACACGAAAUCUCUUCGAUUUGCGUAUGAAAUCAAAAAACUCAUGCCAUCGUCUGGAGGACGAAGGAACUCGAUGAGCAUACCACCAGAUGGGCGGGGCGUUGAUUUUAGUAAAGAUUUCGAGCAGCAGUUCCAAGACAUGAAAUACGACAGUACUGGAAUGUUUCAUUGGUGCCCGAGCCGGAAUCUCGAAGACUGUGUCCUCGAAAGACAUCAAGCCGCAAUGACAGUACUCAAUGGCCACGUGGUUGUCUGCUUGUUUGCUGAUCAGGAUUCUCCAUUAAUUGGAUUACGAAACUUCAUCAUGCCAUUGAGAUCGUCGAAUUUCCAUUAUCACGAAUUGAAGCAUGUUGUUAUUGUGGGCGAUUUGGAAUACUUGAGAAAAGAGUGGAAAACGCUGUAUAAUUUGCCGAAAAUCUCAAUUUUGAAUGGCUCCCCACUAUCUCGAGCCGAUCUUCGCGCCGUUAACAUCAACCUAUGCGACAUGUGUGUUAUUAUCUCAGCACGUGUCCCGAACACAGAAGACACCACACUGGCAGAUAAGGAGGCAAUUCUGGCAUCGUUGAAUAUCAAAGCAAUGCAAUUCGAUGACACAUUGGGAUUCUUCCCAAUGAGACAUCAAACUGGAGAUCGUAGUCCAUUGGGUAGUCCGAUUUCUAUGCAGAAGAAAGGUGCAAAGUUUGGAACUAAUGUGCCAAUGAUUACGGAAUUGGUAAACGACUCCAACGUGCAAUUCCUCGACCAGGACGACGAUGACGAUCCGGAUACCGAACUCUACCUCACCCAACCGUUUGCGUGUGGUACUGCUUUUGCUAUCUCGGUGCUCGACUCGUUGAUGAGUACGACCUAUUUCAACGACUCAGCGCUCACCUUGAUCCGAACCCUAGUCACCGGUGGCGCCACCCCAGAACUCGAGCUGAUUCUAGCCGAAGGGGCGGGGCUUCGAGGUGGCUACAGUACUCCAGAAACGCUAUCGAAUCGAGAUAGAUGUCGAAUUGCUCAAAUAUCGCUGAGCGACAAUCCGUACGAAGGUGUAGGGCACAAUACAACGUAUGGCGCAAUGUUCACAAUUGCACUCAGGAGGUAUGGACAGCUUUGUAUUGGAUUGUACAGGCUGCAUGAUCAAGACAAUCCUGAUUCCAUGAAACGAUAUGUGAUUACGAAUCCGCCGGCGGAGUUGAGGAUUAAGAGUACAGACUAUGUCUACGUACUCGAACAAUUCGAUCCCGGACUUGAAUACGAGCCGGGAAAACGACAAUUCUAG